AAUUUUUUGCAGUUUUUUAGUUUCGAAGGAAAAAAUUAAAAAUGGCCCUUCAAGUGCCAUCUUCAGGGGGCUGUACGUAUCUAUGUGGGCAGGAGACUGCUCAACAAAAAAUUUACAUGAAAGACCCACACUAUUUUUUGAUAAGGAAUUGAACUGCUCAUUUACACCCUAUAAGUAAUGUUGCAUACAGAGAUGUGUAAUAUCAAAGAGGUAAUAUCUUUGGUUGCAUCUAUUAUAUUCUAUAUCGAUAAUGAGGCAGAGAAAAGUGAAGCCAGCCCGUGGGAGGAAUUGACUUCUGCGCAUGUGCAGAAAUAUUAAGAAUAAAAAUACCCGAUUAGCAAAUAUUAUAACUCUAUAAUCUUUCAUAAUAGAUAUAUGAGUUGCAUACUCUGUUAUCUGUGGACCUGUUGCGCACGCACCUAUAUGUGACACCUUUAUCAUUCUGAAUGAUUCAUUCAUUAUCUUCGUUGUUACGUUGUUUCUUCAUUGUUCCACCCCCACGAACUUUCGUUGAAGUUUUAUUUUCGAGCAAUUUACAUUUCCAUUGACGGGUAAAAUGCCAUCAGAGCGAUGGAAAUGCGGAUCAUUAAUUGUUACCGCCGUGCUGCUAUGCCAUUUGGCGAGACAGGCAGAUGGUACAGGUGGAAUGCAGCAUCCAAUUUCGAUGGGCGCAGAUGGUUGGAAACCCAUUUUAGGUAGCAACCGUCCAUCUUCCAACCAGUACCAAGACGAAAUCAAAUACUACCAGAACCCCAUACUCAGGGAAACUGUUAAAGCUGAACCUCUACCGACCACGACCCCUGGUACAACACAAAACAACGCAACCCGCCUGGAUCAGAAAGCUAUGAAAACGAUUUCAAUCAACGUGGUACACCCAGGUUACCCUAAAGGAAAGCUACCACCACACAGCAAGAAUGCACCGCAAUAUUACGUGCUGCCCAACCAUGGUAGCCAUGGGCCUCACAUACCACUGAACGCUGUUGUGUACAGGAAUCAGAACCAGCAAGGAUUGCAUAAAAAACUUCCUCUGAAGCACCACGGCCAUAACACAGGAAAAAGGGUCAAGAAACCGGGUUUUGGACAGUUGGUCACUGCGCACAGUACCAGGAAUGAGGUUUACGUUCCUGCUCCUUCUCCAGGUUCUUAUUCCUUCUUCUCCCAAGGAAAAAACGUCAAAACCAGAGAAUCCUCCGGACUGUCUAACGAGGGCCAGAAAGUCUACACAGUCAAACAUCCGCACAUGGAAUUCUCCAGUCAUUUUCCACCGAACUCCCUCUACCAACAAGCCAAUCAACCUCUCCAGCACAUCAUCUUCCAAAAACAGCACGUGAACGAGGUGAUACCACCUUACCAAGUGGACAGCUAUCAGAACCUGUCCCCACCACCAAUCUUCAAGAAUUACGCGGAUGCCAGCCAAGGUCAACAGCAAGGCAUCAAUCCGGAAAUUCGAAAACCUGACGAUAAGGUCAUCUUCGGGCAUAAUCCUCUCGGACCCAACGAUCUGAUUCUUCAACUACCCUCUUAUGAAGCCAAUCUCUUCGGUUUCGGGCAGCAGACUCAGAAUGGUCCGAGCGUCCAAAUAACCAGGGAGAAAAUCCAGCAGUACCAGAAAUACCCAUCGCAGAAUUUCAUCCAGGUUGAAGGGGAAUUCGGACAAAUCAACCACGGUGCCAGAAGACCUGUUACCGAGUAUCCCAAGAAACCUACUUACGAAGUAACUGAAGGGAAAUGGGAGGAACAUACAUCAUCGUCAGAUCAGGUUCAGAGUAAUGUGGAAUUAGACGUACCACCAUUCCUCCCUACGCCAUAUAGACCAGAUAAAGCUGUUCCUACAUCUCCAACCCAAAAUGAGGUGUCUACAAUUUUCGGGCAACUAUCGAACGUGGUCAAAAAGCAUCCCGAGUCGUACACACGCAACUCUCUGUUCUUCGAUGUUAAAGAAGUAUCGACGCAUUAUCCCAUCCUUGGUAAACCUGGAUAUAUACCAACUACAGAACCCGUCGAGGAGUCCACUGGUAAAUCCACAUCUCGACCCUACAUUGAAGAGCCUGAGAAAACGACCGAGUGGGAACAGCAGACCACGGAACAGCCAGUUAAAAUACAAACCAAUCAUCGAAGAAGAAGACCUACAUUACCUAGAACCACUACACCACCAGUUGAACUCCCAACCGACCCUAUAACUGAAAGUUUGGAAACCACAACCCACCCUGAAGUUAUGGACGUUGAAACCGAGAGACCUUAUAGGCCAAGAAGGCCUGUCAGACCUAGACCCAGCUCUGAAGAAGUGCACCAUUCCAACAGACACAGGGAUAGACACCGCAAAAGACCCCAUCAUGAAAAUCGAAACGGUCCUUACAGGAAAAGGGUAAGACCUAACAGAUACGAAUCAGAAGAACGUACCACCAAUAAACCCACAGAAGAAUCUAGAGAAGAGGCCACAGAAGUCCUACCGAUAAUCCAAUACUUCACAACACAAAGAUACAAAGGGCACGAAGAUGAUCAAAAAGAAUCCUUAUACUCGCCAGAAACCCAAACAGAGGAAGCCCAAACUGAAAGAAUCAAAACUAGACGAAGACCCUACCAUAGGGAGCAACCAUAUCGAAUCAACGAGGAACAAGGUGGAGAAGAAAAUGUUCAUCAAGAAGAAGUCACGGAAUCUGCACAGUCUGGUUACAUGGCUUCGUAUGAAAGUGCUUCACAAGAAGACGAUGUUACUUUGCAAAAUCAUGAAAGCUCGAAAAUUCUCGACCAAGAACAACCUGGAAACGAAGUGGAGAAGAACAGUUACACUACCACAACCACAGAGGUACCAACGAGCCCAACAACCAUCAACAUACCCGAAAACGAAGUGGAAUAUACCACACUGAGAAAUCUGGAAGAAGUUGUGAUCGAAGAAAUUUCAAAAGUAACCACAACUCCAGAACCCUUAACUACAACCACCACAACUACUCCAACAAAAUCCAACCGUCGACGACCCAUCAAGUACAACGCAUCCAGCAGGCCUAGAUUCAGCGUUAAAGACUACCGUCAGCGACUUAACCAAUACUCUUCAACUUCUACAACAAGCACGGAAUUUCCGAAACCAGUUAGUGACAAUAAUUUAAGGCUGAGGUUCCCAACAAGACUAAGAAGACCUAUAUCAUCAACUUCCACCACAACUCAAGUUUACGAGGAAACAACUAGAUCUAGAUUCAUACCAAAAGAACCAAGGUACACUGCAACGCAUUCAACCAAUGAAGUUAUCACAGAAAAAAACGUCAAAGCUGUUAAUACUAGAUUAAGACCUUUUGGAAGAACAAAGCCCACAACAGAAUUUCCAACGACAACCAUGAAGAUUUCGAUAAAACCAAACCUAUUCUCCAACAGAAGAAGACCUCAGAUUCAUUCUUUGAAAACUAGAAUUCAAAAUUCGAACAGAACGAAUGAACCUGAAAAUAGAACUGAUAUUCCGAAUGAAACUGAGGAGCAUCAUGAAAUUAUUACAACAACAGAUAACGCAGAAAUUCACAGAGAACAAACUACUGAGAAGAUACAAACAGAACGUGAAGAAGAGGUUGAAGCUACUACUUUACACCCUGCGAUGGACAUUUUGAAAAAUGACGCUUUUGAAUAUUCGCAGAGAGUCUCUGAUUUGACUUCUUCGAUGAAAGACGAGUAUGAGACUUUCAAAGCAAUUCCCUCAAAUAGUAGGAGAGUGCCAAACCAUUAUACAAUUUCAACAGAAGAUCCUAUUCUUCCAUUGGAGGCUUUUUUCUCGAAUAUUAACGAUAAAGGAAAAUGAAAUGAAAUCACCUAGGAACAUUUUGAUAUUGUGAUAAUGAGUUUUGGAAUAUUCCACUCAAUUUAGAAUACUUGCAAGUUUUUUCCCGUCCAGAUUAUGGUGUAAAUCGUAAAAUAAUUAUAAGUAUAGUGCCGAUUUAUCUAGACUUCCUGUUAUAAAAUGAGGGCAUGUAUUUUUUUGACUGUAACUAGUUUGUCACUUUUUACUUGGACUAAAAACUGGAAAACAAAUUCUUAUUCGAAGGAACUGAGGGAAACUUUGCAACACGUAGUGUCCAAAUGUGUUGAAAUUUUCUAUUUAUCGUAAUUAUUUAUUCUUGUAUUGUGGAUAUUGCAUGUCCUACGAAUAGACUCACAAGACUUCAUUCAUUUUCAACAUUCAUUUUCUCAUCUAUGUAUAAAUUCAUUCCUAAAUAAUAUAUUAUUUAUUUAUUUAUGAUUAUAAAUAAGGAAAAAUCUGUAAGUAAUAGGAAUAAAUUUGGAUUUACAAUUAA